AUGUCAGAGGAAGAUAUCACAUACGAGGUCAAGGGUAAAGCGGCAAUCAUCACCCUCAACAUUCCCAAGAAGUUGAAUGCUUUGGACGGUGAGCAGUACUUGAAACUAGGCAAGUUCGUUGAAGAGGCAAACAACGAAGAGGAAACAGUCAUGACUGUGAUCCAGUCAUCUGGCAAGUUCUUCAGUGCCGGUGCUAACUUUGGCGAUAAAAAGUUGAUGCAAGCUGAUCCACAAGAUUUGUUCUCGCACGAGUAUUGGCUACUGAGAUUUGUUGCUAGAAACGUGUGGUUAACCAACUUGUUCAAUGACCACAAAAAGGUUCUCGUUGCCGCAAUCAACGGUCCAGUUAUCGGAUUGAGUUCUGCGUUGGUGCUCUUGUGUGACUUGAUCUACGUCAAGGAUUUGAACAACUUUUACAUUUUGGCACCAUUUGCUAACUUGGGAUUGGUUGCAGAGGGAGCCUCUUCUGCUACCUUGUUGUCGAGAUUGGGCUGGUCAAAGGCUUCUGAGGCAUUGUUUUUGGCCAAGCCAAUCAGUGGAAAAGACUGCUACAAUGCCGGUCUUGUCAAUAAACAUUACGAUGGUAAAUUCAAAUCCACCGAAGAGUUUAAUGAGCAUGUUCAAAAAGAAUUGUUUGACGCUAUUGAGAACUUGCAUGACGAUUCAAUCUUGCAGAAUAAGCAGCUUUUGAAGCUUUCAAGAGACCAAAGCAUCAACCAUGCUAACUCCCAAGAAGUUAUGAGAGGUUUGGGCAAAUGGUUGGAAGGUGUUCCGCAAGGAAGAUUCCAACAAUUGGCAAUGAAAGAAGUUAAGCACAAGUUGUAA